AUGUGUGGUGAGGGGGAGGGGGAGGCACCUGCUGGCACCUGCUGGCACCUACUGGCACCUGCUGGCACCUGCUGGCACCUGCUGGCACCUGCUGGCCCCUGCUGGCACCUACUGGCACCUGCUGGCACCUACUGGCACCUGCUGGCACCUACUGGCUCCUGCUGGCACCUACUGGCACCUGCUGGCACCUGCUGGCACCUGCUGGCACCUACUGGCACUUACUGGCACCUGCUGGCACCUGCUGGCAUUUACUGGCACCUACUGGCUCCUGCUGGCACCUACUGGCACCUACUGGCACCUACUGGCACCUGCUGGCACCUGCUGGCACCUACUGGCACCUGCUGGCACCUACUGGCACCUGCUGGCACCUACUGGCUCCUGCUGGCACCUACUGGCACCUGCUGGCACCUACUGGCACCUACUGGCACCUGCUGGCACCUACUGGCACCUACUGGCACCUACUGGCUCCUGCUGGCACCUACUGGCACCUGCUGGCACCUGCUGGCACCUACUGGCACCUGCUGGCACCUACUGGCACCUACUGGCACCUACUGGCACCUACUGGCACCUGCUGGCACCUAUUGGCACCUGCUGGCACCUGCUGGCACCUUCUGGCACCUACUGGCACCUGCUGGCACCUACUGGCACCUGCUGGCACCUACUGGCACCUACUGGCACCUGCUGGCACCUGCUGGCACCUGCUGGCACCUACUGGCACCUGCUGGCACCUGCUGGCACCUACUGGCACCUACUGGCACCUGCUGGCACCUACUGGCACCUACUGGCACCUGCUGGCACCUGCUGGCACCUACUGGCACCUACUGGCACCUGCUGGCACCUGCUGGCACAUACUGA